AUGGAUGCCGUCCUUCGCCAGUCCAAGGCCAUGUGCCCCUUCCUGAAGACGGCCUCGCCCGCCACCCUGCGGUCCCUGUCGACCUCUUCGCGCCAGAAGCUCCUGCCCUCGUCCCCCUGCGGCGGCACCAUCUCCAAGCUCCAGGUGCUGGCCCACCGCUGCCCCGUCAUGGGCAAGGCCAUGGCCGUCCAGUCCGCCAGGGUUGGCCGCCACGGCGCCGCCUCCGUCGCCGGUCUGCACACUGCUGCUGCCGGCCACGGCAAGACGGCCAAGGCCAGGAUUCACACCAGCCGCAGCCAGGAGGCCAGGGCUGUGGACACGCCCCUCCUCAACACUCGCGAGAAGGUGCCAUUGCCCCCCAAGAUGUCGGUCAACCGUCUCGGUGCCGCUGCGCCGGGUGUGACCGGCCACGCCGACCGCUCUGCCGCCAAGUUCAACUACGAGGCCUUUUACCAGGCCGAGCUGGACAAGAAGCACGCCGACAAGUCGUAUCGCUACUUUAACAACAUCAACCGCCUGGCCAAGGAAUUCCCCGUCGCCCACAUGGGUGAGAACCGGGAGGACCGCGUGACCGUUUGGUGCGCCAACGACUACCUCGGCAUGGGCCGGAACCCCAACGUCCUGAAGGCUAUGCAUGAGACCCUGGACGAGUAUGGUGCCGGUGCUGGUGGCACCAGGAACAUCUCGGGCCACAACAAGCACGCUGUCGAACUCGAGGCCAGCCUGGCUAAACUUCAUGCCAAGGACUCAGCUCUCGUCUUCAGCUCUUGCUACGUCGCAAACGACGCCACUCUUGCGACUCUUGGCAGCAAGAUGCCGGAUUGCGUCAUCCUGUCGGACAGCCUGAACCAUGCGUCCAUGAUUCAGGGUAUCCGCCACUCUGGCACCAAGAAGAUGGUGUUCAAGCACAACGACGUGCAGGACCUCGAGGCCAAGCUGGCAUCCCUGCCGCUCCAUGUGCCCAAGAUUAUUGCUUUCGAGUCCGUCUACAGCAUGUGUGGCUCGAUUGGCCCGAUUGAGGAGAUUUGCGACCUGGCUGAGAAGUACGGCGCCAUCACCUUCCUCGAUGAAGUCCAUGCUGUUGGUAUGUAUGGGCCGCACGGCGCUGGUGUUGCCGAGCAUCUCGACUUCGAGGCGCAUAAGCAGGGCCAGCCCAAGGGUACCAUCCUUGAUCGCAUUGACAUGAUCACCGGCACCCUGGGCAAGGCCUAUGGUUGUGUUGGUGGUUACGUUGCCGGAAGCGCAAGGCUGAUUGACAUGGUUCGGUCUCUGGCUCCCGGAUUCAUCUUUACGACCUCGCUCCCACCCGCGACGAUGGCAGGCGCGACGGCCGCCAUCGAAUAUCAGUCAAACUAUCACGGUGACCGCAGGCUGCAGCAGCUCCACACCCGAGCUGUGAAGGAGGCGUUGACCAGGCGCGAUAUUCCCGUCAUCCCCAACCCUUCGCACAUCGUCCCCAUCCUGGUCGGAGAUGCCGAGCUCGCCAAGCAAGCUUCCGACAUGCUCCUCCAGGACUACCGCAUCUACGCCCAGGCCAUCAACUACCCCACCGUGCCUGUUGGCCAGGAGCGCCUGCGGGUCACGCCCACGCCGGGACACAAGAAGGAGCACCGCGACCAGCUCGUCGAGGCGCUCGACGACAUCUGGGCCAAGCUGGAGCUCAAGCGGACCUCUGACUGGGCCGAGGAGGGAGGUUUCAUCGGCGUCGGCGAGCCCAACAGCCAGGACGUGCAGCCGCUCUGGACCGACGCGCAGCUCGGCAUCGAGCAGACGACCAGCGAGAUGAAGGCUACGGGCAACUUCCGCCCCGGCGAGUUCACCGAGACUCUCCUGGAGCGCGGCCUGCCCCAGCUUGCCAGCGCCACUGCCGCCUAA